AUGCUCUGGUAUCUCCUUUAUCCAUUACGGGGGACCACCGAAGCUCCCAAUCUUGCGCCGGACCACCCCUUCCGCAACUGGCCGGCUCGGUACGGCCGCUACGUCGCGCGACAUGUGGACACGGUCCUCCUGCUGGCGGUUGCCGUUGCAGGCAUCCUCCUGUAUCCGUUCCCGUUCCUCUAUACCACCGACUUCACCAAUAGCGCCUCCAACCUUCCCCACCAUGUCUGGACCAACGCGCAACCGCUGAGCACCCGUGCCGACCUGGAGCCCGACGUUAUAAUGCGGACUGUCUGGGUCCAUGGCAGCUACAUGAGGGCGCUUGACCGGGAUGUACUUCUUGGGGCAUUGCAGAUACAGAACGAACUGCUGGGGUCAACCAAGGACUUCAACCCCCGGCGUCCUGUCCCUCUGGCCGCCAUAACCGGCCUUCCCAACGGCGACCUGACCCAGCAUGAACGAGACACUUUCCACGUCAUCAAUGGAAGGACCAACAUGUCGUGGUUCUAUCAUUCUCCACUUCAGUACUGGUCCGGAGACGCGCAAAAGAUCUUCAACGACAAGGACAUCAUCGGGACGGUCAAUGCCCGCAAAACGCAGUCGACCUCGGUCAAUGUUACUUUACGCCACUCCAUCGUGUUCAGCGGCAAGCGGUUCGAAGACCGCAAACUUGUUGCUGCGGACGCUCUGGUAAUCACCCUUAUCCACCUCCGAGACUCUCCUGUUGGGCGGCAGUGGGAGCGCAAGACGGCUGCUCUGGCUGCACGCAUGGCAGACAGGUGGACCGCAUACCCUCGCGACGGCCGAAGCAUGCCUAGCCAACUCUACGAGUUCCAGUUCCGGCCUAUCUCGUUCUGGGACCUCACCAUGCUCAGCCUGGCAUACUUCCUCACCUUCAUGUACUUCCUUCACAGCCUUUCAAAGCUGCGAGCGGUCAAGUCUAAAGCCGGCCUGAUCGUCACGCUCGUUGUCCAGAUCGUAGCGUCAGUCAUAUCCAGCUUUACCGUCUGCGCCGUCUUCAAGGUCGACCUUUCCAAGAUCCCGCAGGCCUGCUUCCCGCUGGUCGUUUGGUCUAUGAGCCUGGAGAACAUGUUUAGACUCAUCAACGCCGUCAUCGUGACGCCCUCGGAGGACAGCACAAGCAGCAGGAUAGGACAGGCUUUUGGGGAAACAUUUCUUGUGUCCUUCACCAGCGUCCUGCAGUACCUUCUGAUCAUCCUGGGUUUGUCCCGCGUGGUUCUCCCGGGCGUGUCCGCCUUUUGCACAUUCGCCGCCAUCGCCACCCUCUUUGACUUUUUCUACCUGUCGACAUUCUUCCUUUCUGUGUUGAGUGUCGAAGUGCGGCGGACCGAGCUGAGCGAGGCUCUAGCCAAGUCCUCCUUGAGGCACAACCGAUCGUCUUCUCAAGCGCCGUACCGGAAAUCAUGGACAGAGGCGCUGCUUCAAGGGAAGAUCGCCCUCUCGACGCGUAUUGCUGGCCUGAUCGUCACCCUGGGCUUCAUCCUGGUUGCUCAAUGGCACUUCUCCCAAACCGAGACCCUCUUGCACACACUCGGCAAGAUGUUUAGAGACAGGGCCAAGUCAGAAACAGCUCCCCUCCUGAUCGAUAUCCAUCAGGCGAGGGGCCCGACGUCGUGGCUUCGACUCCAAGACCACGAGACUGCGCGAGAGGUCAUCCACGUGGUGAAGCCCUGGGCGCACAGCUAUGUUGCUCGCGUCUAUGACCCCCUGGUCUUCGUCAUGAAAGGCUCAAACCGCACACCGCCCGCAAGAGAGCGCUCUCUCUCACCUGCCGUCUAUGAUUUUGCGCAUCACCAGACCGUGCCUCUCAUCAUAGCCAUCAUCGUCGUCGUCUCACUGGUGCGGCUCCUCAUGAACUACCUCCUAUGGGACGAGAUCGCUGGUGGACGGUCCGGAGAAUACGGCGGCGAGGACGAGCAGUUGAUAUCUAUCAAAACGGUCAACUCUGGGCAUGCCUUGGAUGUGGCUCUGAUGGCGGCAACGCCAGAUGGGCGUGUCGUUUCGGCAGGGCUGGAUCGCAUGAUCUGGGUCUGGAACGUACGCUUUUUGGGAACGAGCUACGUUGUCACAAGCCCGGACAAGUCCGGGAGGGAUCCUUUCCCGGUCCUCGCAAUGGCCAUAGACGACAGCUCCGAAUGGCUGGUUCUGUUGUCGUCAUCCAAGAUCUGGAUCUGGGAUCUGAAAGCGCGCAAAUGGGGGCCGGUAGUUGAAGUUGAUCUUCGUGGCCAGAAGCCCGAUGCUUUGUUUUUCAGCACCAGAAAGAGCAGGGAGGCCCGCAUGUCUAUCGUGGUAAUUCGCAGGAACGGGACAAUGGUGGAGACCUGGCCCGACCUUGGCCAGUCUCAGGAAUACGUCGUUUGCAAGAGCCCACUGAGCUGUGCGGUGCCUCUUGCAGAUAGAGCCGAUUCGAACCAAGCCACCUCCUUCUUGACCCUCUCCCGGCGCGGGUGCAUCCAUAAAGGCACGACGGUCGGAGACGUGUGGUUGACCGAGGAAGUCCGUUUGCCAUCAGACGAGAGCGAUAUCCAAGCGGUGCUUGCGGUGCCGGAUUAUUCGUCAUAUCUGGUUGCGCGGACCUCAUCGGUGGAUUUGGUUGACUUCCACUCGUCCAGCAUCAUCUACACCUUCAGAACGGAGGUUAUCCGGCCCAGGACCCUGAGCUUCUUUCACUCACACCCACGCAAGACUCAAACUGGCGCCAAGGGCCUAAGGUCGUUUACAUUGGUCUACAUCAAAGCGGAUGGGGGCGAGUGUGUGAUCCAAACGUAUCUACCCUCGGUCGAGGGUGAGACGAUAAGCUUCCGAGACGACGAGCUCAGCUUAACUCGCGGAUGUUCGUGGCAAGACGCCAGUGAAAUCAGACGGACAGUUGAAAAUCCGGGGCUGUGGGCAUCCCUGCCGAGCGGGUGUGUCGUUGGGAUCCGGCAGAAACCACCGAAGCAGCCUCUACCACAGCCGACCCAGCCCCCAGCGCCGGGCUCCCUGCGUCGGCGACGUGCAACGCCGCCACUUCGUCCAAGUGACCCGAGCGACCGCAGCGACGACCUAUACGAGGUGUGGACUAUGACGCAGCUUGAGAAGAAAGGAGCCUAUGCCACUCGGCCGUUGGUUUCUGACGGCUUUGGUGACGAGUAUGAGGCGCAGCCUCAAGAUCACCUCAUGAUCUCGGAACCCGGGCCUAUCGUCAAGGUUGGCCGAGGCAGCAUCGCUGCGGCGUUUGGAAACACCAUCCGGAUCAUUACCAUUGGCCACGAGAGCUUUUCAGGUGGCCUACCCGACGAGGAUCGUGUCAACCGCAGGAGGAGGGCCGGAGGUUCUUUUAGAAACAAGGCGCCCGGCCACUCCCCCGCCAAGAUCCCUCCAGGUUCACGGGGAUUUUGA